GCGUGCCUACGUUGCCUGUUGGUUCCUUUUUCUUCUCCGCUUCCUCCCUUUUCCGUGUACUCGACCUCCGUUGACCACAGUCGCAUAUUCAAUAUUUAGUAAAGGUUCUUCUUCAAUGGAAAGGCUCUCCUCUAUCGAUCGGUCCAUUUUUUUUUUUUUGGUGUUGGUCGCAGCGAGAUUUUUUGCUGUUGCUGUUGGGCGGUGCUGUUUUCGAUCGGUUUUAUGAUCCGUGUGAUGAAUGUAAUCGGAUCCAUGGGGCUCGCCGUCGCCGUGAGGCCUUGCUGCCGCCUCUUCGCGGCCCAUAUUUUCACAAGAUGCCCGGGCCAGUACUGCCUCCGCUCGCUCCCGCAUAGCCGAUCCUCCGCUGGAUGGGUCCGCACUGCUGUCGCUCAGUCGAAGGGUGGGGCCCCGUUCUCUGCCCGACAAGUCUCGGACUCAGUUGGCCCCUUGUCCGGGACCGUGCCCGGCGCCGAGAAGGCUUUCGAGCGGAUCGUCGUCCCGGACCACACUGAAGCGAAGCAUCUUGUCGUCGAGAGUGCGGUGCCGUUGAAAGAGAAGAAGGCUGCAAAAGUGGAAGUAAAGAGGGUGGAAGACAAGGAGCAGGCGGAGGAAACGAAGGGCAAGGACGUGUCGGAAUCGAAGAAGGAGGCGUGGCGGUUGUUGAAGAAUGCGGUGGUGAGUUAUUGCGGGAGUCCGGUGGGGACGAUGGCGGCGAACGAUCCCUUCGCGGAGCUGCUCAAUUACGACCAGGUCUUCAUCCGCGACUUCGUGCCGUCAGCCCUAGCUUUUUUGCUUAAAGGGGAGACGGAGAUCGUUCGGAACUUCCUUCUCCACACCUUGCAAUUGCAGAGUUGGGAAAAGACUGUGGAUUGCUACAGCCCUGGUCAAGGCUUGAUGCCAGCUAGCUUUAAGGUUAGAAAUAUUCCUAAGGGAAGCAAGGGAGAAUUUGAGGAGGUCUUGGACCCUGAUUUUGGUGAAUCAGCCAUUGGUCGCGUUGCUCCAGUAGAUUCCGGAUUGUGGUGGAUCAUCCUGCUAAGAGCUUAUGGAAAGAUUACUGGAGAUUAUGCUUUGCAACAGAGAAUCGAUGUGCAAACUGGCAUUAGACUGAUUUUAAAUUUAUGCUUAUCAGAUGGGUUUGACAUGUUUCCUACUCUGCUUGUCACUGAUGGGUCUUGCAUGAUAGAUCGCCGAAUGGGAAUCCAUGGACACCCUCUCGAAAUCCAGGCACUGUUCUAUGGUGCAUUGCGUUGUUCGCGUGAAAUGAUUGUUUCCAGUGAUGGUUCAAAGAGCCUACUGCGUGCUAUUAACAACAGACUUAGUGCAUUGUCAUUUCACAUCAGAGAAUACUAUUGGGCAGAUAUGAAAAAGGUCAAUGAGAUAUAUCGUUACAAAACUGAAGAAUAUUCUCAAGAUGCUAUUAACAAGUUCAACAUAUACCCUGAGCAAAUCCCUCAUUGGUUAGUGGAUUGGAUCCCUGAAAAAGGUGGCUACUUCAUUGGCAACCUUCAGCCAGCACACAUGGAUUUUAGGUUCUUUUCACUUGGUAAUUUAUGGGCCAUUUCAUCAUCUUUAGCCACUCCUUGGCAAGCUGAGGGCAUCCUUGAUCUGAUCGAAGACAAAUGGAAUGACCUUGUUGGGACUAUGCCUCUUAAGAUAUGCUACCCUGCUAUAGAGGAUGAAGAAUGGCAGAUAACUACUGGAAGUGAUCCAAAAAAUACACCUUGGUCAUAUCAUAAUGGAGGAUCAUGGCCUACUCUUAUGUGGCAGUUCACAUUAGCGUGCAUCAAAAUGGGUCGGCCUGAAUUAGCCAGGAAGGCAAUCAGUGUAGCCGAGAAGCGGCUUUCAAAGGAAAAGUGGCCUGAAUAUUAUGAUGCCCCAACUGGGAGAUUUAUUGGAAAGCAAUCGCGACUUUAUCAGACAUGGACUGUUGCAGGGUUCCUUACAUCAAAGUUGCUGACUGAGAAUCCUGGGAUGGCAUCCAUGCUUACAUUUGAUGAGGAUCUGGAGCUCCUGGAGGGCUGUGCCUGCAGCCUAAUAAAGAGUCCUCGUACCAAAUGCUCACGAAAUGUGGCAAAGUCGCACGUCUUUCUGUAAAGUAUUUCUUUGUUUACUUUCAGUUUUCAUGUUUAUUUUUAUUUUUCAUAUUCACACCUGUACAGAUGUGAGGAGGAUAGAAAGAAAUCAUUCACAGAAGGGAUCUAACUCCAUACCGAGAGAAUAGAUCCCUUCUUGUUUAGCUAGAUACUGGUUAUAUUGAUUUCCCACUGGUUCUUCAUGGUAUGCUCAGUGUUUUGGUUGAGCCACCAUUGACGACGACUACGUGGUCUGAUGCGACCCAAUGUUGGGUGUGUGACAGGAAACUAAUACAUUCUUAUAUAAUAAUAACAGUUGUAAUUUGUGAUGA